AACUGACGACCUUGCUCUCUUAUCUGGACCCGCCGUUGCCCGGAGGCGAGCGGCAGAGAGAGAGAGAGAGCGAGCGAGAGGCAGUGGUGGCGGCAGCGACGGUAGUGAAGGCAAAGCAAACACAGUCGUACUCUUGGGGCUUAUGAUGCAUGCGGCGGCGAUGGUUCUCUCGAUCCCUUCCAGCAGCAGCUGCUGCUGCCACUCGAACUGCCUCCUCUCUUGGCAACUUGCAAACACGAAACCACUCCUUCACCUCUGUAGGAAGCCAUCGACGGCAGUCCGUGCAGAGCUGCAGACCUCGGAGCCGACGGCAGCGACCGCUUCAUCAUCUUCCUCUUCUAUUCCGACGCACCGCGUCACAGUUCAUGACCGUCAGCGGGGUGUCGUCCAUGAGUUCCUCGUCCCGGAGGACCAAUACAUACUACACACCGCGGAGUCUCAGAACAUAUCCCUGCCCUUUGCUUGCAGGCAUGGUUGCUGCACCAGCUGUGCUGUUCGAGUAAAAUCUGGACAAAUCAGACAACCUGAGGCUCUCGGAAUAUCUGCAGAACUGAAAGCUAAGGGUUAUGCGUUACUAUGUGUGGGUUUCCCAUCUUCUGAUAUUGAAGUUGAAACACAAGAUGAGGAUGAGGUAUAUUGGCUCCAAUUCGGACGAUAUUUUGCACGAGGGCCAAUUGAAAGGGAUGACUAUGCACUGGAGCUAGCCAUGGGUGAUGAGUGAUCGAUACCUGAUAGACAUACUCAAACAUUCUAGCCUUCAAUCGAUCCUGAGCCGAUUUCAUAUCAAGGCCAUCACUCUUUCUUUAUGACCUAACUAAUGUAUAUUGUACAAGUACUUGGAAUUAUAAUAUUGUUUGUAUGCUACCACUAUGAUAAAAUUUGUGUAAGAGAGUAGGAUGUGUUUGUCAUCA